UGUGGCUGGUCGGCGGACGGUGAUAGCUGAGAAGCUGAGUCAUUGGGUGACUCAUUGAGUGUAUAUCAACUGUUACUGUAUUGCGUAGUGGCUGUUGAUGUAAAGAAUAAGUUAUUUCAGAUUUCCAAAUUGUGAAAAUUGUAUCUUAUUCAAUUUCUUUAGUUCGCUUAUAUUGUGAGCUAACGGAUGGUUUCAAAUUGAACUAACGCCCCAAAUCGACUUCAGGGUGGACCUUUAUUAGAAACAUCCAUCUUGUAACUUUGGUUGCUGAAAAUACUUUGGUUGCUUCAACUUGAAUUUUAUCGUUUAAUUUUAUGUGUGCGGAAAAUACAGAGCUCGAAUUGACUCUAUUUUUCCGUUUGCAAAUGCAAUAUAGCUUCGCUUUAUCUGAAUUGCAUCGGCAUUAGUAAUUUUUGUUUGUCAUCCAACAUCCAAAAGAAUGGAAUCAGCUAUGGUUAACUUAGAACGUUCGGUGAAAAAGACUGAUGGAAUUUUGGAUAAUAUUGCUUGGAAACUUGAUGAGUUUGAAAAGGAAGUUACUGAUGAAUCCGUUAAAGUCCAAACUGAGGACACUGUAAUGAAUCUACUAGAAAGUGUCACUCAAGUUCGAGAAGAUUAUGAAAAUUUGAGGCAGGAACUAUUGCAAGUUCAGGAGCUACAGAGAACGGUGCGUGAUAAAUUGAGGUGUAAAACAUACCAGGUUGAGAAAAAUAUGAAGGAACUACGCUUAAAAUUGUCACAAACGGUGCACUCCUCGACCGGUUUUAGUAGUAUUUGAAAUCGAUGUUGAUCAGCUAACAUUGUGCGAGUGUGUUAUCCAAUUAUUCUGGAUAACGUUGUAUAUAAUGUUGGAAUUUUGAAUUUUAUAAAAUUAAGCUCUAAAAUAGAACAUUGAUUUUUCACACAUAGUAAAGUACUAAAUACUUACUGGCUCAACUUAUUCUAAAUUUUUCGGAGUAAUUAAAAUGUUAGGAUAUAAUCUUUACAUAUGGGCUGUUAUUCAAGGAUAUGAUAAUUUAGAAACACCAAAUUCAAAGCAAUGUUUUAUGAUGUCAGCAAUUUAAUCCUUAUAAGCUUCAUUUUUACAGUUCUUGUAAUUUGAAAAAUCUCCAAUUAAUUAAUAAUGAAUAAAUUGAUCCAACAUCCCAAAUGUCGAAAAUAAUUAUUAUUCUAAAUGACUGACAUAUUGAGUAUUUAAUACUAAUUUUAUUUAAUUUGAAUGUAUUUAUUAUUACAAAUUAUUACUUUCACCGUAAAAAAUAAUUUCCAUUGUUUUAUAUAACUUGUUUUAGUAGAGAUUUAGUGUUACUUUUUUAGUGUUAAAUUUUUAGAUGUUACUUUAGUAUUAAAUGCUAAGUUUCAAAUUGAUGAAAUCAAUUAUCGUCUAUUAGUUUUAAAGCAUACUAGCUGAUACUAUUUAAUUAUAAGUAGUACGUUCAAAUUUACAUUAUGUUAUGAAUGCGUAGCCUAUUAGGGAAUUCUAUUCAUUGAUACUUUUGUAGCUUUCCAUUUUAGAUUGUACAAACAGAAUGGAAGAAUAAAAUAAAAUGAAAGCGCUUGUAAUUUAACUGUCCACUUGGAAAGGAAUGUGAUAUUUUUUAGAGAAUCAUUUAUUAACCCUUUUAAAAGCCAGUAAACUAAUUGCAAAGGUUCAUUAUUGUCAGAAUUUUUCAGAUAGGUACCUGAUGACAAUUACUACCUACGCACAAGUUUUAAGUUUAAAUAGAGUAGGAUUUAUCCCUUGAAAUGUCUAAAAAAUUGCAUUUAUAUGGAUAACUGUUUCUUAAUUUUAAUAAGCAAGACUUUAUUAGAGAGCAGACUUAGCACAUGAUUAAACUUCACAGUUCAAGUCUCAAUCGGCAGCUUAGACUUGAUUUUUUAUUACUUUCUUGUAUUGAUUUUCUUAGUAAUUAUCAAUCUGACUACUUAGGCGUAUUCUUUCGACUAGAAUAUUCAUAUAUUCAUGUGCUAGACCUGCUAGAGUAUCAGAAGCUGAAAUGAAAUGCUCUCUCACAAAAACUUAUUUUACACCAUCGAAUUUUUGAUGCUAUAAAAUGCAGUAGUUGUUUAUAGUAGUUGUAGUUGUUUUUAAACUAUAUGCUCCUACUUUAUUUGUAAUAAAAUUUCAUUGGAUCGUGGAGUUGAAUAGAUUGUUAUCAGUAAAGAAAAUUAUAUACAUGAAUUUGAUUCAUUGAUACAUUAAAUGAUGAUGCACUUUAUAUACAUAUAUCUUCGUUAGGUAGUUAUACUCGAUAUAAACUAAAUAAACUUGACGUAUGAAUUAUUCAUUAUUGUAUUGAUUAGCCUACUGACCAACGUUUACAAACGAUCCAUUUAUAGUGUAAGUUCUACAUUCUAAAUUAUAAAUUUGAAUAGGUUCGGAAGAGUGUAGCUGUAUAAUCGAUCUAGCUAUUGCAAUAAAUCAACGUGAAUUAAGCACAAUAUUAUGUUAAUUGUUGGAACCUACACAGUGACUGUUAACCCUAGUUAUAUAUAAAUAAAAUGUUGUACAUUCCUCCUCCCCGUUUAUCAUGGUAUUGUAAUUGUCAAUUAUUCUUAGGAACGUUGUGACCUUAAUGUUUAUUAAAUGUUCUACAAUGUGUAA